AUGGCUACAUGUGCGCUGGGAAUUCUAUCUGCGGAGUAUAAGCUACAUGAGGAGCACCUGAGUUUCACGAAUCUGCCUUGUUGUUUGGAGAAGGAUUACAUCGUGCUUGUGGCUGGUGAUGGCGGUAGUGUUUUGGCUUUUGAAGAUUGGGGUUUUCUUGGGACUAGUGACUACGGAUUUUCGAUAAUUAAAAGCUGGUGGGGUUUCGAUGUAGUGGGCCUUGAACCUCCGCGUACGAUUAUAUCGGUCACCACCUGGAAGAGAAUCAGAAGUGCAACACUUGCAGUCUUUGGGGAGAAUGAUGUGGCAAGCAAGUGUGGGUCUUGUUCAUUCCUAUGUGUGAUUGUGGGGCGCAAUGGAUCCGGUCGUGAAGAUAAUCAAGAUUCAUACAAUAUUGUAAAUGGAAAGAAGAGUAGAAGAAGUAAGAGAGUGUAA